AUGGCAUUCUUCGUCGGGGCCUCUCCGGGAAAGGAGGCAGGCAAAGACAAGCGCAGAGAGACGGCCGACGAAGAGCGCACGUCUCCCCCGAAUCUUGCCCCGACUGCGCCUUCGUCUUCUUCCGUGCAGGAUGCCCCGGACGGGAGUCGAGUGCCGCGAGAGGUCUCACCUCGGGAGAGAAGUCUCGUUUCUCUUCCUGGCUUUUCCUUCUUCCCUCCUGCCUUCUCGCUCCCCUGGGCUCAGAGAAUCUCACCCGGUGAAUCCGGUGAAGACAUCACCGAACGCGGGCAGACAAACGCAGUUUCCACUGCGCCGCUCUCCCACUCCCAGGGCGGUCCCGCUCCAGGAUCCCCGCAGCGCGCCGCGUCGGCGUCCCAGCGCUCGCGUCUCUCGUCUUCUAGAGCCCCGUCGUGCGUAGGCGCCGCUUCGUCUCUUCUUCCUCAGAACGGGAGAGCACGCGGACGAGAGGCGGCUGCGCCCACCGCGACUCCGUCCGACAGGGAGCGGCAGAAGGGAGAAGACGCGUCGAGGAUUGCUGACCGCGCAAACCCGAGAAGAGAGCGCGAAGCCGUUCGGCCUCAUUGGCCGUGCGCCGGCGCGCCGUACAGACACCAGGGUAGCCUAGGAGACUGCGAUGUUCCGUGUGAUUUAUCCGCUGAAGAAUCGGCAUGUCUGCCUGCGAAGCGAAGCAGUUCCAGCACGUCAAGACGAGAAAGCCUGGUGCAAGUCGCCGAGUCCUGUGUCACUGGCGAGACCGGCAAAACCGACAUCUCAAGGGUGGAAGAGUCAGCUCGGGAACGCGGUUCUUCCGGCGCUCCAUCUGGGCCCUCAGGUUCCACCUCGUCCUCUUCCACUGCUCGGGAGAAGCGAGAGACGCGAGAAAGAGGAAGCGACGGGUGCGCGACAGAGACGAGGGAGGCCGUCGCCGGAGUUUGCGGAAAUGUCGCACUGCCGGCGGGGCACCAAGAAGAAGAGGUCGUCAGAAGAGAGAAGAACGAGAAGAGAACAGACCACGGAGAGGCGGCCUCGUCGUUAACGCGCGAGAGAGAGACACGCGGUGAAGGAGAGUCUUCAGGAGAGAAACUCCCAGAAGCAACGGCGCAGAGAGCAGAGGGACAGAAACACAGCAAGGAAGGAGACACAGGAAAAGACUCCGCACUAGGCCUUUUUCGAAGCAACGUGGGUGAAGGAAAUCCAGUUGCGCACGACGCGCAUCUCAUGUCCUCGUCUGCCUCCUGUUCUCCCUCUUGUUCUUCCUCCUGUUCUCCCUCGCUCUCUCCUUUCUCUUUCGAGCUCUCAGCGGGCACAGUCGAAAGACAACCAGAAGAGGAAUUUGAUCGCUACGGCUUCCGGGUGAACGACGCCGAGAGGCUGAGCCUGAAACUCCGCGAAUAUUCGCUCAGGGUCCAGCCUGAGACGCGGGAGAGGGACGACACGUGGGCAGAGUUUGUGCACAGGGAUCCUUCCGUCUCGGAUCUUCGAACGCUAAAGCGGCUCGUUCGUCGCGGCAUUCCCGACUCUCUCAGGCAGGAAGUCUGGGCCCGAUGUCUCGGCAGCUGGACGCUGAGGGAGCAGCGUCCGGCUGUGUUUGAAGAGAUGGCUGAAGCGUCUGUGCCUCAGGACGUCGAGGAACAGAUCGAGCUCGACCUAUUCCGGACUUUCCCAAGCAACAGACGCUUUCGGAACGACGCGACUGGCAUUGCGGAUCUGCGGCGAGUUCUCCGGGCGUUCGCCGCAUAUAAGCCGAAGAUCAACUAUUGCCAGUCGAUGAACUUUCUGGCCGCAACUUUGCUGCUCUUCAUGCCGCCCGACCUCGCGUUCUGGUCACUCGUUCAACUCGUCGAUUCGGAUGUGACCGGGAAGGGAAUGAAGCUGGCCGGCUACUACACUGCAGGCAUGGUUGCGCUCCGCAGAGACCUGAAAGUCCUCUCACUUCUCCUCGCGAAGAAACUCCCGCGAGUGACACGAACGCUGAGCUCGGUUCCGAUCUACACGACUUUCCGCAUUUGGGAUUCUCUCGUUUUGGAGGGUCAGAAAAUUCUAUUCCGAAUCGCGCUGGCCAUUUUUCGCAUGCAUGAACGAGAAAUUGUUGCCCUGACAUCGCUCGAGGAGGUGAUGACUUUCUGGCGGGGGAUGCUUCGCCACCUGGUUUCCCGAAACGAGUUGAUGACGGUGGCGUUCACUCGGAUCGGGAGUCUGUCCCGGCGGGAGCUGAGACGCCUCCAAGCGCGCGCUUUGCCCCUCGUCGAGGCUGAGAAUCGCGCCUACGAGGCUCGACGGUCGGCGCGUCUGCAUGGUUCGCUCGGCUCUGUUCCGCGCGACUGCUCCCACGCGGCUCCGCCGACCCGGAGCGAAGGUCCGCUUGAGCGCUCGCCUCCGUUCGAACGUCCCCGCUUCUUCCCGUUCUGGCGGCGCUGGAGCCUCUUCGACCGCCUCGGCGCGGACCGCGGCAGUCCCCGCGUUCUCCAUUUGACGCCCGUGAAGAGGCGCGUCGCGGGGCGUUCCCUCUCGGACGGCGGUCCCUCAGGGUCGGGGAAGAAGCGCGCGAGUGUCGCCGCUGCGGACGUGGAGUCUCUGCGGAUCGGGAAGCGAUUCUUCCACCGUGCGAGAAAGGUCGAGGUGAGCAGCACAGGGAACGCCCCGUCGCGUAAAAAGAGUUCCGAGACGAGACGCCCUCGGUGGACUCUCCGCAGGCCGGCGAGCGCCAAGAGCGAGCGGGAGCGGGCCGGAGAAGAAGAGCCCCAGGCACUGGGAGACGCGACGAGACGCGUCACAACGGCCAGAUUCCAGAGAAGAUGCACUGCCGGAUAG